AUCAAACUACUCUCAUCCCCAAAACACACACACACACACACACACACACUCUCUCUCUCUCUCUCAUACACACAAACACACACUAGCCAUGGCAAAGGACAUAGAAGUGGGAGGCGGCGAGUACGCGGCGAAGGACUACCAAGACCCACCACCGGCGCUAUUGAUAGAUGCAGAGGAGCUGACACUGUGGUCAUUGUAUAGAGCCACCAUUGCAGAGUUCGUAGCAACACUCUUGUUCCUCUACAUUACUGUUUUGACUGUGAUUGGUUACAAGAGCCAAACUGACCCAACCAAGACUACUGAUGCCUGUGGUGGUGUUGGAAUCCUUGGCAUUGCUUGGGCCUUCGGUGGAAUGAUCUUCGUCCUCGUUUACUGCACUGCAGGCAUCUCUGGGGGGCACAUUAACCCAGCAGUGACAUUUGGUCUGUUGCUGGCCAGGAAGGUGUCUCUGGUCCGAGCCAUUCUGUACAUUGUGGCUCAGUGCUUGGGUGCCAUAUGUGGUUGUGGGUUGGUGAAGGCAUUCCAAAAGGCCUACUACGUCGAGUAUGGUGGUGGAGCCAACGAGCUCUCUUCUGGGUACAGCACCGGCACUGGACUCGCUGCUGAGAUUAUCGGCACUUUUGUCCUUGUUUACACGGUCUUCUCUGCUACCGAUCCCAAGAGAAAUGCCCGCGAUUCUCAUGUCCCUGUUUUGGCACCACUCCCUAUUGGAUUCGCUGUGUUCAUGGUUCACUUGGCGACCAUCCCAAUCACCGGCACUGGCAUCAACCCAGCCCGAAGCUUUGGCGCCACCGUGGUCUACGGCAAACAAAAAGCCUGGGAUGAUCAAUGGAUCUUCUGGGUCGGACCAUUCAUUGGAGCCGCCAUCGCUGCCUUCUAUCACCAGUACAUCCUGAGAGCCGCCGCAGUUAAAGCCCUUGGAUCAUCCAGGAGCAAUGCCUAAAUAAUGUGAAUUAGUUUCAAUUUUACAUGUUCAGAGGGUAUUUUGGCAACCUGGCAAAGUUGUAAAUAUGUGCUUGGAUCACUUGUUGGCAUUGUGGUUUUGGCACUUGUUCUUAUUGUGCUUAUUUGUUGUUUUCUACUCUUUUUUUUUCAUUGUUGUUUUGCUCUUUUUCCUUUGUUGUUGUUGCAUCUUGGUGUUCCCAAGUAUAAUAUAUGAGCAAGUGCUUUUGUGUUUUUGUCUCAAUCAA